AUUAUACUUUAUUUGUUUGAUGAUGGAUAUCUCUUCGAAGGAGCUUCUUAAAAGGGAAGCUGUUUCAGAGAAUUCGAUGAAAGGGACCGGUACUGCAGCAUUUUAUUCUGCUUCUACUGAAACUGUUCACUCCCCUCGUUUGAGUUGUGUUGGCGACAAGAGAAAGAGGAACGAGCAUGGUGGGUCUAAUGAUGAUAGUGCUGGUCUCAAGUUUAACGACUUUGAGAAGCUGCGGAAAGAAGUAAACUUUUUGGCUGGGCAGACUUGGGCUAUGUAUGAUAAAGUUGAUGGGAUGCCUAGGUUGUAUGCCCGGAUCAGGAAAGUUUCAGCUCCUUUGUUUGGAUUAAGGAUCACACACUUAGAGCCAGAUCCUGAUGAUGAGAGAGAGAUACUAUGGUUUGAACAAGACUUGCCUGUUUCUACUGGUCAGUUCAGGCUUGGGAAGAAUGAGAACAUGAAAGACAUUUCGAUGUUCUCACAUGUUAUACAUUGCAAGGAAGGAGGCAACACUGGUCAUCUCACUGUUUCCCCAAGAAAAGGAGAGACUUGGGCAUUAUUCAAGAACUGGGAUAUUAUCAACUGGUCUUCAGAGCCAGACUCUCACGGCAGUUACAAGUAUGACAUCGUUGAGAUCUUGUCUGAUACCACUGAUGGAGCUGAUGGUGUAUCUGUUGCGUUCUUGCAUAAAGCAAAAGGCUUUGCAAGUGUCUUCUUUCGAAUGGGAACUGGUGAUGCAGACACGUUUCGAAUGGGAACUGGUGGUCAGGCAGACACAUCUCAGAUUCUGCCUCAGAAUAUAUAUCAGUUCUCCCACAUGAUCCCUUCCUUCAAACUGACAGGCUUUGAAGCAAAAGGCUUACCGAAAGAUGCUUAUGAGCUGGACCAAGCUGCGUUGCCUAAAACAAUCGAAGAGAAAGACGUCCCUUCCCAUCUAAUCCCAAGGCCUAAACCAGAAGCUCUCUGCUUUCCGAGUAAGCAUACGAGAAAGGUUUUUCAAACUGGUCAGUUCUGGGCAUUUGGUGGAGAUUACGAUCACACGCCUCGGUUCUAUGGUAGGAUUCAGAAGAUCAUCCUAACUCAGGCAUCUCGUUUUUGGUGUUCUUGACUGGAGAUAUAAGAGAGUUUAAACUUAGCAUUUUCUCCAUGGUUGUUCUU